AUGAUGAUCGGCAUCUGCUGCGGCGCCUGCGACUCUCGCGUCGAGUCUGAGCUCCAUCCGACUGCUGCUGGACACCUGAGUGCGUAUCACUUCCAGGCUCCACGCAUCGUCGAGCCGGCGGCGUUGGGCAUCGGCACCUCCAAACACAAGCAUUUGCGAGCCAAGGCUGACCGAAGCGUGGCCGCUACGGGCAGCAGCAAGGCCACCAAAGCAUACGAGCAGACCUUCUACCUCACUUACCGUGUGGCCGGUGAAGGGGAGGUCACGAGGAGGGCGGCGUGCGGCAGGCAUAUGCAAAAUCUCUCUAUCGAGCGAUCGGCGUGCGCGCUGCGGAUGGUGGACAUCUCCGGAGCGGACGGUGCCGCGCUUGCUUCUGAGUUUGGCGCACCGUCGGCGCAUCCUUCAGUGCACGUCUUCAGAAACGGCGCUGCUACGCUUUACACUGGCGCGCGCAGUGCCGACGCCAUCGUCGCGCACGUCCUCGGUCUUGGCGGCGAACAUCCCAACGGGGAGCGCUCCGCCACGGCCUUUCCGGAAACGCAGAGUGCAAUGCUACAACCGGCACUGCUCUCGCUGACACCACAGACGGUUGGCGACGCGCUGCAUACCCAUCCGCUGCUGCUGCUACUUGGAGUCGGCGUCAAGCUCGGCUUGCUGCAAGUGCGCCCCACCACCGCUGACGCGCCGCCCGACGCGGCGUUCCACGCGCUGCGCAAGCGGUACUCAGUCGGUGAUCUCCCUGAAAUCAAAAUUUUCGACCGCGGACAGCCGCUCGAUUACGCCGCGGCUGCCGACGUGGACUCGAUCGUCGACGUGGCUCGCUGGAACGCAGGUCGCUCCACAGUUCCGACGCCGACGUCGCGCGUAGUUCCGCUGCUUGGCACGGAGCAGCUGCGCCGUCUACUGCAGCCUUCGAGCGGUCUGGUGCUCCUCGUGUUUCGGGCGCGCUGGUGCACGCGUUGUCUUGUGCUCGAGCCUCAGCUCCACACGGCAUCCGUGACGAUCGCGACGGUCGACAUCGAUGACGAGCGCAACCAAGGGCUUGUCAGGGAGAUCGCGCCACUUGGCUUCCCGAGCACCAUCGCCUACUGGCGUGGCGGCAGCUCCUCGCUCGAGACUGGCAAAGACGAGUGCGUGCUGCCGGCGCUGGCGCUACCACAGGUGGAACAGCCACGGCGCAGCAGGCGCGGCAGCGGCGAUGACGGAUUAGUCUUUAGUGCGCACUUCUUACUCUAA